AUGACCGCCAUCGCGCCUUUCGCCGGCGGCUGGGCGGCGCUCGCACGAAAAGGGGGGGGUGACGUUGCGCGCGAGGUGCUGGGAGGGGGGCUGAAGGAGGACAUCCAGGCGGCUCUGCCGCAUGUCGCGCUUGCUGCGCUCGACGACGAGGGUGGGGGGGGCGGCGCGGCGCUCGUGGCCCUGCUUCGCACCUUGCAGGGCCACGACGCGUCGCUCGUGCGCAUGGCGUGCGGCGCAAGCGGCGCAUUUUAUCUAUCGAUCUUACAAGAAUGCUGCACACCGGAAGCGGCACUCCUCGUGGCCGCGGCGGCAACCGACGCGGAGAAAAAAGAGUGGCUGCCGCUCGCCACGGCCGGCGUCCAGCACGCCACGGCCGACUUUUUUGCCGUGCCGUGGCGCGAGGGCGUCCGGCGCGUCGUCCGUGCGGUGCGCCUUGCACGGUGCAUCGCACGCACGCAGGACGCAUCGCAGGCGGCGACCAAGGAGCUCGUCGCCCUCGCCACGGCGCUCGCUACGGUCUACCACGGCGUGCUGAGCGCCGCGCGCGUGCCGCAGGACGAGGCGUCGUCGUCCGCUAGCCCGUGGCCGGUCGACUGGCUCGCAGCCAAGGUGGACGUCUUGUGCGCGGCCGACGCAUGCGUCACGGCCGCGCAGGAUACCCAGCCCAGCGACGUGCUCGACGCACUGCGCACCGGCGCGCAGCACGUCCCGGACGCCGUGUCGCUCGUCGAUAGUGCGCUGCUCGAGGACCUCGCGAGUGCGCAGCCCGAGUGCGCCGCGCUCCUGCCGCAGCGCACGCCGUUUCCGGGCCUCGCAUGGGCGGCCGUCCAGGGCACCGCAAAGCGCCCAGCGGCGCCCGAGCCGGACGCGGCCGUAGUCGAGACGGUGCUCGCAGUGCUGCCCCACCUCGCUCGUGCCGACGUCGUGCGCCGCCUGCGCCGCCCACGCUACCACGGCAUGGCGCCGGAAGCAGUCGUGGAGGCGUUCCUCGACGACCCCAGCGGGCUGGGCGACGUCGAGGCGGACGCCGCGCAGCCGCCGAGCGCGCCGGCACGCGACGAGGGCCUCUCGGACGAGGUGAAGGCGACGAUCCUCGCACGCGCCGCGGCCGAGGACGAGGAGGACACGACGGCAGACGGCGCGCCGCGCGAUAUGGGUGUCGAGCACGCGCUCCUGCGUGCCUACGCGGCGUACGGACCGUCGCUCUUUGCGCGCGACAAGACGGCACGCCAGCGGCCGGAGCGCACGCAUCUGCGCACGUCGCUCGAGGCGCUCGGCCCGGCGUGGGCCGACGACCAGAUCGAGGCGUGGGCAUCGAUGCUCGAGCGGAAUCCCCACAAGGACCAGCUGCUGAUGCGCGCUACAAGCGUUCUUACGCCGAACGUCAAUGCGCCGGGCGGCGGAGGCUAUGGGCCGGACAAGCUGCGUGGCGGCCGCAUUCCGGGGCAGAGCCGUGGCGCGCGUGGCGCGCGCGGCGGGCGCGGCGGGCGUGGUGGGGGCCGUGGCCGAGGACGUGGCCGUGGGCAGCCGUAG